GGCGGGCGCAGAGCAAGCCCGAGAGUCUGGAGCCGGCGUCGGCGCUGCGGCCGGGAGGGAGCGUGGCGAGAGCAGCGCGGCCGGGAAAACAACUCACGAGGCAAAAAAGUACAUCUCGUGGAUGGAGCAGGGCGAAGUGGUUACAAGUACAGACUCUGAAGCCAGACUGCAUGGGUUUGAAUUGUGCGGUUUCAGAUUUCUGCCUGGCAGAUUAACCAACGGCAAGAGGGGCUGAUCUGUCUACAUUCUGAGUACUGCCCUUGGCAAGACACCUAGAACAGACCCUGGACCCAAGUCUACCGUACUACCAUACCCCUACUCCAGCCCACCCCAGACAGUAUUCUGGGGUUCACCUGAGGUCAGCAGUGUGAAGAUGACCAGUGCCUUUUUAGCAUGACGACUUUGGACCAUGUGAUUGCCACCCACCAGUCAGAAUGGGUCUCCUUCAAUGAAGAGUCACCCUUUCCUGCCCACUCGCAGGGGGGCACGGAAGAGCACCUCCCAGGACUGUCAUCUUCCCCAGACCAGUCCGAGAGCUCCUCCGGGGAGAACCAUGUGGUGGAUGGAGGCUCUCAAGACCAUUCCCACUCGGAGCAGGAUGACUCCUCUGAAAAGAUGGGCCUCAUCUCUGAAGCAGCUUCCCCACCUGGGAGCCCUGAGCAGCCCCCACCUGACCUGGCCUCGGCCAUCAGCAACUGGGUUCAGUUUGAAGAUGACACGCCCUGGGCCAGCACAUCUCCACCUCAUCAGGAAACAGCUGAGACAGCGCUACCAUUGACCAUGCCCUGCUGGACAUGCCCUUCCUUUGACUCCCUGGGGAGAUGCCCUCUGACUUCUGAGAGCAGCUGGACCACCCAUUCUGAAGACACCAGCAGUCCUAGCUUUGGAUGUUCGUAUACAGAUCUGCAGCUCAUCAAUGCUGAGGAGCAGACGAGUGGCCAGGCUUCUGGGGCUGACUCAACUGACAAGAGGACGGAGUGGCAGACAGGCAGGCAGACGGCAGUGAGUCCUGUUCAAGCAUGCUCGGAGCAUACCUCCACCCGCACCCACCGCCUGGACCCCUCGCCACCCUCACCCCAGCCCAAGAGGAGCCAGAACCCCGGCGAGGGUCCGGAGGGGGCCUCUGCUCCCAAUGACAAUUCCUCCUCGCUUCAAGAAGAUGAAGAAGUAGAGAUGGAGGCCAUCAGCUGGCAGGCCAGCAGUCCAGCCAUGAAUGGGCACCCUGCCCCUCCAGUGACCUCUGCUCGUUUUCCCAGCUGGGUCACCUUUGAUGACAAUGAAGUCAGCUGCCCUUUACCACCAGUCACCUCUCCUCUGAAGCCAAAUACACCACCAAGUGCGUCUGUGAUCCCAGAUGUACCUUAUAAUUCAAUGGGAUCAUUUAAGAAGAGGGACCGUCCCAAGAGCACUUUGAUGAACUUCUCCAAAGUUCAGAAGCUGGACAUUUCCUCUUUAAACCGCACGCCUUCUGUAACUGAGGCUCCACCUUGGAGGGCAACCAACCCUUUCCUGAAUGAGACUCUGCAGGAUGUACAGCCCUCCCCUAUCAACCCUUUCAGUGCUUUCUUUGAGGAGCAGGAGAGGCGCUCCCAAAACAGUUCCAUUUCCAGUACCACGGGCAAAAGCCAAAGAGAUUCCCUCAUUGUCGUCUACCAGGAUGCCAUCAGUUUUGAUGAUUCAAGCAAAACCCAGUCACACUCUGAUGCUGUUGAAAAACUCAAACAACUCCAAAUUGAUGACCCUGAUCACUUUGGCAGUGCAACUCUACCUGAUGAUGACCCAGUAGCCUGGAUUGAACUAGAUGCUCACCAGCCUGGAUCAGCAUGGUCCCAGCCUCGUGACGGGUGGCCAAUGAUGUUGAGGAUCCCUGAGAAGAAAAACAUCAUGUCCUCCAGGCACUGGGGACCAAUCUACGUCAAACUGACAGACACUGGUUACCUGCAGCUGUAUUAUGAGCAGGGCCUAGAAAAACCAUUCCGUGAGUUCAAGCUGGAGAUCUGUCAUGAGAUUUCAGAACCCCGGCUUCAAAACUAUGAUGAGAAUGGCAGAAUCCACAGCUUGCGGAUAGACCGUGUCACCUAUAAAGAGAAGAAGAAAUACCAGCCCAAACCUGCUGUGGCCCACACAGCAGAGAGGGAACAGGUGAUUAAGCUGGGCACCACCAAUUACGAUGACUUCCUGAGUUUCAUCCAUGCAGUUCAGGACCGUCUCAUGGAUCUGCCAGUGUUGUCAAUGGACUUGAGCACAGUUGGCCUCAACUACCUUGAAGAGGAGAUUACAGUGGAUGUCAGAGAUGAAUUCUCUGGCAUUGUGAGCAAAGGAGACAACCAGAUUCUCCAGCACCAUGUCUUGACACGGAUCCACAUCCUGAGUUUCCUGUCUGGGCUUGCAGAGUGCCGCCUGGGCCUCAAUGACAUCCUCGUCAAAGGGAAUGAAAUAGUUUUGAGGCAGGACAUCAUGCCCACCACCACCACAAAGUGGAUCAAGCUCCAUGAGUGCCGUUUCCACGGGUGUGUGGAUGAGGAUGUUUUCCACAACUCACGGGUCAUUCUGUUCAACCCUUUGGAUGCGUGCCGGUUUGAGCUAAUGCGGUUCAGGACAGUGUUUGCUGAGAAGACCUUGCCUUUCACACUCAGGACGGCCGCAAGUGUCAAUGGGGCAGAGGUGGAGGUGCAGAGCUGGCUGAGGAUGUCAACUGGCUUCUCCGCCAAUCGUGACCCCCUCACUCAGGUUCCCUGUGAGAAUGUGAUGAUCCGUUACCCUGUGCCCAGUGAGUGGGUGAAAAACUUCCGCAGGGAAAGUGUCCUGGGGGAAAAGUCUUUGAAAGCCAAAGUGAACCGGGGGGCAAGUUUUGGCUCCACUAGUGUUUCUGGCUCUGAGCCUGUCAUGAGAGUAACUCUGGGAACUGCCAAGUACGAGCAUGCCUUCAACUCCAUUGUGUGGAGGAUAAACCGACUGCCCGACAAAAACUCAGCUUCCGGUCACCCACACUGUUUCUUUUGCCACCUUGAACUCGGCUCUGACCGGGAAGUGCCUUCCAGAUUUGCCAAUCACGUGAAUGUCGAGUUCAGCAUGCCCACAACUUCUGCCUCCAAAGCCAGCGUGAGAUCUAUCUCUGUAGAAGACAAGACUGACGUCAGGAAGUGGGUCAAUUAUUCUGCACACUACAGCUACCAGGUGGAAAUUGAGCAAAAAAAGAGUUUGAAGCCGGACUUUGAAGGAGAUGAAAUGGAAAAUCCCAAGGAGUGUGGAGUGCAGCAGGUGACCGGGGUUGUAAAGGGUCUGAUGAUGCAAGAACAAGGGAGUAGCUUCCCUGAAGGAACAGAAGGGGGCAAAGCUUUCAUUAAAACAGCCACGAAGCAGGCUGCCCAGGAAUGGCAGCUUUAUCCAGCCAGAUACAGCAAAGGCUACUCCGUGACCAAAUGUCUUUCUCUGCAACAUGGCUUCAGCCCAAAAUAUGCAAACUUCUCAGAAGACAGAAAGUCCCACAAACCGAGAUGCGCCACGGCUUCGGUAGCAACGGCAGCUCCAGCCGGGCCUGAGCUGUGCUGGCACCUCCCAGGGGACCGUGGCAGUUGGCCAGCCCCUUUCUCCAUGGUAACCAUGUGCGACCGAAAGGCCGUGAUCAAAAAUGUGGACAUGUCGGAGGAGAUGCAACAGAACUCAGUGGAGUGUGCUCCUCAGGCGCUGGAGAAAUACAACAUAGAGAAGAACAUUGCGGCUCAUAUCAAGAAAGAAUGUGACAAGAAGUACAAUCCCACCUGGCAUUGCAUCCUGGGGAGGAACUUCAGUAGUUACAUGACUCCGCAUUUAAAACCUUCCCGAAUAGGAACGCGCCAGAGGCCGGAAGCCACGCCACGUGACCAGUCCUACUCCGCGGCCAUUCCUAGCGAGGCACAACGCUUUGCAAGUUCUUCACCGCAAAGAACUGCCGCAGACUUCCGCCUGGGUGCCAACCACGUGAUCACGCGAGCGUUGGAGAGGCGUAGGUCCGAUUUCACUACUUCACUCCCCGGCCAGCACCCGCCACAGCGCGUGACAACGCGGCUCGUCGGCGGCCUCCGCCCCGGCGCGCCUGCGCACGCGGCUCUCGCGGUGUCUCGCGCUCAGCCCCGCCCACCUCUGCCCCCGCCCUUUCCGCCCCUCCCUCCCCCUUCACCCUGUCUCUCGGCGGCGGCGGCGGCGGCGGUGGCUCGCGCAGCUUGUUUAAAUUUUUUUCCCCAAUCUUGCGGUGAUUUGGGUCACCCUCCGGGUGUUACAGUUUUUUUUUUUUUUGGUUUUGUUUUUAUCUUGUUUUCUUGGGGUUGCCCCCUCUUGUUUGUGUUGUGUGUGGAAAUGGCGAACUCGGCAAAUACAAACACCGUGCCUAAAUUAUACAGAUCUGUGAUUGAAGAUGUCAUUAAUGAUGUGAGAGACAUCUUUCUGGAUGAUGGAGUGGAUGAACAAGUACUGAUGGAACUAAAAACUCUUCUACCACGAUGUCUGGGCAUAUGUGGUUGGCAUUCAUUAUGGGAAAACAAACUAAUGCAGUCCAGGGCGGUAGAUGGAUUUCAUUCAGAAGAGCAGCAGCUUCUACUGCAAGUUCAACAGCAGCAUCAACCCCAGCAGCAGCAGCAUCACCACCAUCACCAUCAUCAGCAAGCUCAGCCUCAGCAGACAGUACCUCAGCAAGCGCAGACCCAGCAGGUUCUUAUUCCUGCAUCACAGCAAGCCACAGCACCACAAGUUAUUGUUCCGGAUUCUAAGUUGAUACAGCAUAUGAAUGCAUCAAACAUGAGUGCUGCUGCUACAGCUGCUACCUUAGCACUCCCUGCAGGUGUGACUCCUGUUCAGCAGAUAUUAACAAAUUCAGGCCAGCUUCUUCAGGUGGUCAGAGCAGCCAAUGGCGCCCAAUAUAUCUUUCAGCCUCAGCAGUCAGUGGUUCUACAACAACAGGUUAUACCACAAAUGCAGCCUGGUGGAGUACAAGCUCCUGUUAUACAGCAGGUGCUGGCUCCUCUUCCUGGAGGGAUUUCACCACAGACAGGUGUCAUCAUCCAGCCUCAGCAAAUCUUAUUUACAGGAAAUAAGACUCAAGUUAUACCUACGACAGUGGCAGCACCUACACCAGCCCAAGCACAGAUAACUGCAACUGGCCAGCAGCAACCGCAGGCCCAGCCUGCUCAAACACAAGCUCCAUUGGUCUUACAAGUUGAUGGAACUGGGGAUACAUCAUCUGAAGAAGAUGAAGAUGAAGAAGAAGACUAUGAUGAUGAUGAGGAGGAAGACAAAGAGAAAGAUGGAGCUGAAGAUGGGCAGGUGGAAGAAGAGCCCCUCAAUAGUGAAGAUGAUGUGAGUGAUGAGGAAGGACAGGAACUCUUUGACACAGAAAAUGUUGUUGUAUGCCAAUAUGAUAAGAUACACAGAAGUAAAAACAAAUGGAAAUUUCAUCUCAAGGAUGGCAUUAUGAAUCUUAAUGGAAGAGAUUAUAUAUUUUCCAAAGCCAUUGGAGAUGCAGAAUGGUGAAGAGUUGCUUUUUUUCUUUUAUAAAUAAAAGAAACUUAAAAAAAAUGUAAAGCGGACAGUUUGAAACUUGGGGCAUAUGCCAACCAAAACUUCAUUUCUGCAUGUCAGAAAAGUGCAGUAGAAGCAAAGCUACUGGAACAAAGAUAGACCUUGACAACAUAGACACUACUUACUGGCAAGCCAUGGAACUGUAGCACCUGGGGUUGUUGGGUGGGAGGGUUGGGGUUUUGUGUAGGAAAACCAUAAUUGUUGAUUUUAAAUACAGGUACCUGCCACCGGUAAUUAGCAUGUAAAGCUUUGUCUAUAUUCCUUCCUCCAACUUGGGUUCAAUCAGAAGAUACUUGUUGGAAUGAACUGAAGAAACUUCCCUUUUGAUAGAUUGAACUGAAACUGCUUAUUGUAUGUGGUUAUAUUUGGUAAAAGUUGCGUGUGAGCUUUUUACAAAAGGGUAAGAAUUGUGUUGAAUUUUAAUUCACUUGUAUAAGAAAACAAUUUAAAACUCUCAUAAUAGGUCUUAAAUAUUUUUACUUGCUAUUCUCCCUCAGUGAUAUAUACCUCUUCCUUUCCAGCUUUAUGAAACAUCUAUUUAAGAUUUAAAGUUACCAGUGAUCAUAGUUUGGAGAUAAAAUUUGACCCAGGAAUGAAUAUUUAUUUUAAUUAGGUUUUCAUACUUAUUAAAUGUAAUUAAAGACUUGGGUCUUGUCUGAGUUCAGUGGAAUUGAAACCACAACUUUAAUUUCCUUACAGAAAAACUUAAUUUGUUUCUUUUAGUGCCACACCUUAAAAAGAAACCCCAAACUAGCUCCUCAGGAAUAUAGUUUUAUUUUGCAAGCAUACCAUCUAGCUGAAAUUGUAUACACAUGGAUAUAUGUAGACUUUUCCUGUUGGGCUGAAGUGUGUGCUUAUAAAUGUGUUUAGUUUUUAAGCUAAACAUUCAGUUAACAGUCUGUGCAUUGAUUAGCAUAGGGCAGGUGGUGAGGACCUGGAUUUUUAUUAAACAAUUUAGUAAUUAUAAAAGUUUCUUGUGUUUACUAGUAAAGAAUUUUAAAAAUCUAUUAUUCUAAUUCAACAAGUUUUUAAAAUCAACUUUGUAAUUUGAGGGGAAAUUUUGGGGGGAAGAGGUGGGUGGGCCACUAAGUUACCUCUCUUUCAUUUGGUGGCCCUUCCAGGCCAUUGAAAAUAAAGACGUUGGCUCCAGUUUGCACAUCGGGAAGAAAGCAUAGAAAUUUGACUUGUAUAUUAAAAAUAAUAGAAAUGUAAUAUGUAUAUUAAGAAUGCAUAGGUCUGUAUUCUGUAAGGGGCUCUGAAGAACAAUAUGGCACUGCUGUGUUCAGUGUGAAUUCGCUGCCUGGGAGAACUGCAGGAAUGCUUGUCUUCACCAUUGUGUUCUUACAACGAAUUCAACUUUCCAUGGUUUAUCUUGACAAAAUUUACAUGUGUUUAGGUUACUUGUAUAUUGAUAUAUUUUUUAAUCUUCAGUUUUUGUCUUCCUUUUGCCUUUGUGUUUUCAGAAGUAACACAUAAACACUUUUUAAAGUACAUUACAGAGAAGAAAACUGUGAGCUAUUAUAUAGUGUUUCUUUUUUUAACACAAAUCUUUUAACUUUAAAAAAAGGCAAAAAAUUUUUUUUCUACUUCCCACCCAGCUUACCACCUUGAUCUCUUUAACUUAUGUUCUAAACUUUGGUGUUAAUGGUGGUGUCUAGCAUGCUAGUAGUUAGAUUUUAUUUAGAUGCCAUAACUGGUAAUACAGCUUUUAUUUUGACUAUAUUAGUUUAGUUUUUUGAGGGGAAGUUUGUUUAUUCUGCGACUCUCAAAGCACACAGAGGUUUUAAAAUAUAUAUUAUUAUUAAUAAGACUGAGAGAAGAGGAAAUGGGAGGGAGUAACAUCACAGAAGUUCUGUUGUUCAACUGUUCUUCAAUAUAGUUGCUAGUAGGUUUGUAUUUACUCAGUAAGGAAGUCAGUGACCUGAACUACCUAUAAAAAUUCAGCAGUGCUGCAGUGUUGCUUAAGUGAAACCCUUUGGCUAUCUAGUAGUUUUUAUGCUACUGAAACUUGGAUUACUGUAUGAUAUUCAGCUUGUCUUGGGCCCUCUAUGUAGACAAACAUUCAUAUUCAUAGUAGUGUUGUAUACUGGCCUGUUCUUAUAACUUUAUUUUUCAAAUAUUAACAACCACUGCUUUCAGAGUGGUUAUUUUGUUAUUUUUGAAGCAGGAAAUAACCAUUUGUAUUUGCACCUGCGUAUUGCGUAUGAAUUAUGGUAUACUUGGCAAAUGCUUUUCUUUCACCUGUGAAAAUUCUGAAAGCUGGUCCAAGCUACAUUGCAUACCAAAUUGUGCUCUUAUAUAUUAUUUGCAUUGUGUCCUUUUUAAUCAAAUAGCAUGUUUUAGUUUUAUUAUAGUAGCUUUUGCUGUAAGAAUGUCACUUGCUUAUCUUUUAUUGUACUUGAAUUCUUAAUCAUGCUUUUAACAUUGUAUUUAACAAAUCAUUUCGUAUUAGGUUCCAUUAAAAUGUCAUUCCUUUGAAAAGGCAAGGGAUUUCCACUUUCAGAAUUUGAAAAUGAAAGUAGCAUGUUUAUCUAAACGCAGAAAAUAGUUCAGACUUGGUAUUAUGAAAAUAAGUAAUGGUUUCUGGAGAGGAUUUGUUUAGAUUUGCACAGAUGGCGAUGGCACCUUUUACUUAAAUUAACAUUAAUCAACAGUGCUAAGGAAAAUUUACCCAAAAUUACAAGAUAAAACAUGGAAAUGUGUGCCUUUCAGUAUACAAACUCUUGCUUGGUGGCCAUUUGGGUAAUCAGACCAUUUGAAUGCCUGAGAGCAUGUUUAAUUUCUGUGGAGUGCCACAUAUGGCUAAAACAACUCUUUAAUGUGCAAUUAAUUUCUAGAGUAAAAUGUCUGUUAUGUGAGGGGGGUCUUUAUAUUGGGCUUUUCUAUUUUUUAAAUGUUCACAUUUCUUUCUGUUAAUUAAAAUGCCAUCACAAUGUCACAUUUACACUGUUGCCUCUUUUAAAAGCAAAGCCACUUUCUUGUUCUAAGAUUACAUCAAGACUUGAGCAGUGUGUAGUAAUUAAAAUGUGUGCUUAAUGAGCAUAAUGGAUUCUGGUUUUAGGAAAUAACAUAGCUUUUAUAUGAAUAUUUUCUUUUGCUAUAAUGAAAAUCAAAGAUUUUUUUUUUCCUGGCUUUUAUGGAGGAAUGAAAAGAGUUGUCUCCCUCUAAGAGUAAUUUUUGAUUCUCAUAGCAAUAAUGUCACCGUUCUUAUCAGAGGGUAAAUACCCCUUGUAUAGGAAAACAGACAUAAUUUCCUCUUGGGAGUUCUCUUUAUGACUUAGCAUUUUCUUCUACUUGAGAAAAUUCCUGUUUUUCCGAUUAUUUCAUCUUGAACUUUUUUUAAAGCUUUUGUGCAAUGUAAUAGUUUAUUGAUCCAUCUUUGUACAUUUUCAUUUUAUUUCAUGUCUUUCUCUCACCUACCUGUCAGAAUCAGCUAUAGCAGAUUUUGAAUUCUUUAGUUAAAAAAUAGUUGCUUUACUUGUUUCCUCAUGAGUUUGUUAAAUAGCUUUGCAUUUUAGUCCUCUAUUAAUGCUAUGAAAAUUAUUACGAAGUUUAUAUUGUUCCCUUUUUAAGCCUGCCUUACUCUUGUCUUUUGUCAUUGUCUAUGGUUUAAUGAAGAACACACCAAACUAACAUUUUUGUUUAUUUUGAGGAACAAAAAAACUUUUUCUCUUCUCUUUUAAGGGAAGUUACUACACAUUGAGUUAGUAACUACUCUUUCAGUCAAGGUUCCUUAAUCAGUCCAGUCUACAUCAGGACUAUGACUUGGGGGGCGGGGCUAAUCCUUUUUGCUGUUCUGAGCUACUAUUGUCAACUGCUGUUGUACAUACUGUUAUGUGUAAUGGCGUAAAUAUAUUUAUUAUGUUUGUAAAAUUCAUUGCAGAUCAAGGUUGCUCUUCUGUGAUAUAUGGGAUAUUAUGUUUUAAAGACCAUCUUGGAAUACAAUUAGAGAACUUAGUAUUUUGAUGUACUAAGACCUAUUUUAAGUUUAAUAUUCUACUUUGCAAAAACUUUAAUUAAAGAUGUUAUUUAAAAAAAAUAAUGUUGCUUGCUUUGCUUACUAGUAUAUGGCAUUGUUAUAGAUAAUUGAAUAAAAUACAAUUUAGAAAGGAAAAUGCUUUACAUUGUUAAUGAGAAUUCCAUUUAACAACAACAAAAAGAUGCUAAAUUCUGUACCUUAAAAAUAAGUAGAUUGAGAUGCCAAUUUGAAUUAGUAAACUGUGUUACAAAUUAUUAAUACUAGCUUUUAAAAAGUUGUAUUUUCCAGGCACACAGGAAUUUAGGUUGGGCGAAUUCACACUAACAAAUUAUAACUAAAAAUUGGUAUAAUUAACAUUGUUUUUCAAAAUAAAGAUUACUCCUUGUGAAAUAUUAAUAAUUAACAUAUUGUAUUAAAUAAGUAUUCCUACUCCAAAGUAUAGAUUACUUAGGAUAAAAACAUUGUUAUUUCUCUGUUUAGCCAAACCACUUCCUCUUAGUUCAGAGGUUAUAAAUAAUUGCAUAUUAGGAGAAUUUGAUUACUGAGGUUUGUAUUGCGUAUUGAAUAUAUUUUGUGUUAUUUUAGAAGAUAAUAAUUAGGUAUUUUAAUUUUAUAGUUAAUUCAGCUGAAUCAUUAAGAAGCUCGCCUUUUUGUAUUUUUUUAUCCUGUUAACAGACUAUCUAGAAAACAUGCAAAUUUUAACUAUUAACAUAAUAAAGAUAUCUUAUUUAUUGCCAGCAAA